GAGUGAAAUAUAGGAAAAAUCUUAAAUGAAUCAAACUGUACCAUAGGGUCUCCAUGGAUAGAAAUUUGAUGCUUGAAUAAUAAGAGCAUAGCAGUAGAAUAUACAACUGACUAGUUGACCAGGAUGGUGAUUGUGAAAUUCUCAAGGAGAUUAGAGAGGCUACAAAAAUAGAAAACCCAGUGAUAAUGGGGGAUUUCAACUGUUCCCCUAUUGACUGGGUAUGUGUCCCCUCAGGAUGGGAUUCAGAGAGCAAAUUUCUAGACAAUAUUAAUUACUGCUUCUUGGAGCAGCUACCCUGUUUCCCCGAAAAUAAGACAUCCUCCGAAAAUAAGGCCUACUUACAGUUUUGCCUCUCGUUGUAAUAUAAGGCAUCCCCCCGAUAAUAAGACCUCCCCGAUAAUAAGGCAUCCACCGAUAAUAAGGCAUUUUUCAUUUCUGAAAAAUAAGACAUCCCCUGAAAAUAAGACCUAGCGCAUCUUUGGGAGCAAAAAUUAAUAUAAGACACUGUCUUAUUUUCGGGGAAACAGGGUAGUUCUGGAACCCACAAGGGGAGAGGCAAUUCUUGAUUUACUCCUAAAUGGAGCACAGGAUCUGGUCCAAAAGGUGUGAGUAUGGCUGAACCACUCAGUAACAGCAAACCUAAUGUAAUUAAAUUUAACAUCCCGGUGGGGGGAAAUACCAAAGAAACCCACCACAGUAGAACUUAAAUUGAAAAGGAGAACUACACAAAAGUGAAGACACUAGUUAAAUGGAAACUAAAAGGAACAAUGUCAAGAGUGAAAUAUCUGCAAGUUGCAUGGAAACUGUUUUAAAAACACCAUAAUAUUUGCUCGAACUAAAUCUGGCGGUGAGGGCUCUGCCUAAAGAGUCCUAGAAGCCAUUUGAAUCUCUCCUUCACCCCUGUUUAAAGAUACGGCUGAUUAGACUCAAAUCAAAGAUUGAGAGUCUUUGUUCUGUUAAGUAAUCACUAGAGCUGAAAUCACUGAUAACCAAGUCUAGCUGCUGUAUGUGGGACAAUGCUGCAGUGAAAGACUGUUUAGCCUGCAGUGAGGUUACCCACUACCUACUGAUAUCACUGAGGCCUGGUCUACACUACGAGUUUAGUCUGAAUUUAGCAGCGUUAAAUUGAAUUAACCCUGCACCCGUCCACACAACGAAGCCAUUUACUUCAACAUAAAGGGCUCUUAAAAUCGAUUUCUGUACUUCUCCCCAACGAGGGGAGUAGUGCCAAAAUCAACGUUGCCAGUUCGAAUUAGGGUUAGUGUGGACGAAAUUCGACGGUAUUGGCCUCCGGGAACUAUCCCACAGUGCACCAUUGUGACCGCUCUGGACAGCAAUCUGAACUCGGAUGCACUGGCCAGGCAGACAGGAAAAGCCCCACGAACUUUUGAAUUUCAUUUCCUGUUUGCCCAGUGUGGAGAGCACAGGUGACCAUGCAGUCUGAGAAUCGAAAAAGAGCACCAGCAUGGACCGUACGGGAGAGGAUUCAGUGCUAGCAGAACUACGUUCCAAAAGACGAAAUGCCAAAACAUUUGAAAAAAUCUCCAAGGGCAUGAUGGAGAGAGGCCACAAUAGGGACUCACUACAGUGCCGCAUGAAAGUUAAGGAGCUCAGACAAGCCUAACAGAAAACCAGAUAAGCAAACGGAAGGUCCGGGACAGAGCCGCAGACGUGCCGCUUCUACGCUGAGCUGCAUGCAAUUCUAGGGGGUGGGCUGCCACCACUACCCCACCUCUGACCGUGGAUUCUGAGGAGGGGGUAAUCUCAGCCAUGCCUGAGGAUUCUGCGGACGGGAAAGAGGAGGAGGAGGAGGAGAAGGAUGAGCUUGCGGUGAGCACACAACACUCCGUUCUCCCCAACAGCCAGGACCUUUUUCUCAGCCUGACUGAAGUACCCUCCCAAGGUGUUCUCCCAGACCAUGAAGCCAUGGAAGGGACCUCUGCUGCAAAGUUUUCAAGCGUCCCUCCUCCGUCCCGAAGGCUAUCUCAGAUAAGGCGGCGAAAAAAACGCAGACGAGACGACAUGUUCUCGGAAAUAAUGCAAUCGACCCACGAUGAAAGAGCUCAUCUGAAUGAGUGGAAGGACAUGGUAUCAAAGUACAGGAAAGAUGCCAGUGAACGUGAGGCCAUGAGGGAUGCUCAAGUUGAGAGGUGGCAGGCUGCAAUGCUGGGGCUGCUGUGUGAUCAAACGGACAUGCUCCGGCAUCUGAUGGAGCUUCAGGAACGGCAGCAGGAUCACAGAGUGCCACUGCAGCCCCUGUAUAACUACCCUCCCCCCUCACCAUGUUCCAUAGCCUCCUCACCCAGACGCCCAAGAACCCGGGGGGAGGCUCCGUGCACCCUCCCACUCCACCCCAGUGGACAGCCCAAGCAAAAGGCUGUCAUUAUUUUGAACUUUUGAAGUGGCCUUUUCCUUCUCUCCUAUCCUCCUCCAAACCCCACUCGCGCUACCUUGUCAGUUCUCUCCCUAUUUUUAUAAUCAAUUAAUAAAGAAUACAUGAUUUUUAAAUGAUAGUGACUUUAUUUCCUUUGAAAGCAAGCAAGGGGGGAGGGUGGUUUGUUUACACGGAAUGAGUCAGUCAAGGGGGUGGGUUUUCAUCAAGGAGAAACAAA